AUGGGGGCCGAUAUUGUUACAUAUGGCUACUUCUGGCACUUCACUGACCUUCAUCUAGACAAGGACUACUCGACGCAGGGCUCUCAGAAGCUCUCGUGUCACCGCAUCAAUAAGGGUCCAACUGGCUUGAGGACCGUCGGUCCUUACGGAGACUUCCUAUGCAACACGCCCAAACUACUGGCCACGUCUGCCUUCGCUGCCAUGGAACGGAUUAAGCCGGACGUAGAUUUCAUACUCUGGACAGGGGACAACAUGCCCCACGUGAAGGGAAUCACGUGGUCGGCCCUGUACAGCCAGACAGACUGGGUUCGAGCUGUGCUAUCACGUCAAGCAUUGCGACAUCGCGCCCUGCUCGUGCCCACCCUGGGAAACCACGACUGGGUUCCAGCGAACGCCUUGGAUUCCGAAGACGCAGCGCACUACCGAGGCUUCCUCAACGAAGCCGGGUUCAGACGACUGCUUCCUGUAGAUGGGCGAAGCACCUUCGAGCGCGGUGGCUACUACAGCCGGUCGCUGUCGAAGAAUAUUCGGCUGGUGUGCAUCAACUCUGCUCUCUGGUACAGCGUCAACAAGGGCCAGCGUCCUGGACCCAAUGAUCCCCAGAUGGCUUGGCUGAAGGAAGAACUGCACGACGCGCAGCGUCUAGGACAGAAGGUGUACAUAUCGGGACACAUUGGCCCUGGCUUCUUUGUCCGCUCUAUCGCUGGCAAAGCCGCUCGCCCGGUGUUAUUCGACGAAAUCAACGACGAGUACCAGGACCUGAUCGCCGAGUACAGGGACGUCGUAGCCGGACAGUUCUUCGGCCACCAACACAGCAACAGCUUCGCCCUCUUGUCCGACAGGAACGGCACACGGGUGAGCUCUGUCCAACUGGCUGGAUCUGUCACGCCGUGGGGCAGCAGCCAUCCGAUCUACCGUACCGAGUCGGUGCCUACUAAUCCGUGCGUGCGACUCUACACAUACCGACGCACCACCGGAGAGCUCCUCGACUACACUGUCUAUUAUCUAGACUUGGAAAAGGCCAAUGCAGACGCCCUAAACCAGGGCCGUUUUCUUUUUUUUUCUCGGGAAAGGGUGGCAACCUUAUCUACGCUGCCUGGCGUCGUCCAGGAAGAGCCUCAGUGGGAGCUGCUGUACUCUGCGAGGAGCGACCUGGGCGUACCUGACCUGAGCACGGCCGCUAUGGUCGAUCUGGCCCAACGAAUCGCCAGUUCUCCGGACCUGCUGUCGCGCUACAUCGCUCUCAGUUCGUCCCUCAAGGACUCCGGGCCGUGCGGCAGGGUCUGCCGGCGAACCAUGUUGUGCGCCGCCCUGGCUUCGCGGCCUGAUUCGCAUGCCGCGUGUCUCGCCCGGAAGGACAGUCCCCGUCGACUACUUCGGAGGACGAACCGCGCCGAAGCCACUAUGCCCGCGUAUAUAGACGCGACAGUCCUCUUGUUAGUAAUGGUCACCGGAGUCGCUUUUGUCGUGAUAGUCAGAAGGAACAGAACGAUGCGGUUAUACGUGCGAUUCUGA